GUAACCUGAGUCGGCCGUCAGGUAAAGCAGGACAGGUAACCAAAGCUCGAGUCAUGCACACACAGACAGAGACAGGUGUGUGCGAGGGACGAGCCCAGACAGACAAAAGGAAAUAGAAGAUCAUAAAAAACGAGGAUAUCGGAGGAACGUGAAUCACAAACUAAACACACAACUUGAAACUAGGUCUACACGAGGACAAGGCGACACCAGCCGGAACAAUGGAGAGUGAUGAAGAGGAUGGCACGUUCACGAACAUCUCUCUGACAGACGAUACAGUGGACAGUGGACCUGCAGCCCUGUAUACUAAACCAGAGACCGAGCUCUUCAUCAUGAACUGUGACAUAGAUGGAGAUCUGGAAAACCAGGCAGAGAUGGAGGAGAAGACCAGGUUAAUAAAUCAAGUGUUGGAGCUGCAACACACGCUGGAAGAUCUGUCAGCACGAGUGGAUGCAGUGAAGGAGGAAAAUUUGAAGCUGAAGUCAGAAAACCAAGUGCUGGGACAGUACAUCGAGAACCUGAUGUCUGCGUCCAGCGUCUUCCAAACCACCGACACAAAGAGCAAAAGGAAGUGAGUUGCAUUUAGGAAAUACACUGGCACCUCGGACAGAGCAGUGGAAAAUAAUCAGAACAACUUAGACAUAGGGCUUGCUUCUUAACAGGCCUUGAAUCAAAGAUUAAAACAAUACCCUCUUUUUACAUACUGAAACAUUUGGCAUCUGACUAGGAUUCAGAGGCCCUAUCAAUAGGGAUGAACAAUAAAAACAUUAAUUCUUUUUCCCAAGAAGUAUUAUGGUUUAUUUUAUGUUUCAAAAUUAAGAGGUUAACUUAUACAGCAUCAUUAAAAUCUGAGAGAAUACUGAAAUAUGAAAUGCUAUUAUAAAGUAUUACAAACAUUAACUUUAAUUGCAUUAUGGAACAUGUUGUUGGAUAUCUAAACAACAUAAUACAGCACAUCUACACAGAACUACUGGCUCCUGACUGUAUUGCCCCUGGCCUGUCAAGAAGCAGCUUCCUCCUAACUUUGUACUUCUCCUGUGUAACCCUUUUGAACUGAAUCAGAACUGACCUUAACAUGUGUAUUAGGUUGCAUAGGUUCUCCUUAAUACUUAAUUCAAUCUCAAUGUUUUAUUACUUGGUCUUUAACAAACUUUGUGACAGUUACAUUUUAAUGUGGUUUUACAAGUGCAUUUGCCUCUUUGAACAUAGAACUGAGCUAAAACAAAUCAUGAACACUACUUUUGUUAUUUAUUAUUUCUGUAUAGUAUUGUUCUGUCAUCUCUAAACAGUGUAUAUAUGAUGAUAGCACGUGUAUGCAACCCCUUUGACACACAAGUCAGUAUUACUGAGAAAGAUGCGAGAUUUGUGCAUGUACUUUUUCGUACUGUUUUUUUUUUUUUUUUUUUAAAUGAGAUUACAAAUGAAUUGCUACAGUUCAUCCUGUCCAAUCACUGUAAAUCAUUUGCCUUCAAGAGAGCAGUGAUUUCCUAAUUAAUGUGGCACAGAUUUAACAUCAGAUGCCCUUCCUAACAUCCUUCUACAUUUGCUUGGGACUGACACAAAUGUCCAGUAGCUUGUUAUCUGUUUUAAGUGGUAAGUGUUUUCUUUUAGUCUCUAUGUAAUCAAACAUGAACUGAAAUAUCAAAAUUGAAAAUUCAGACAAAAGCACACAUUAUUAUUUUUUGACUGCAUUGAAACGUUGAAAUAUAAGUUAUGUAAUGUUUGGUCAAAUCUCCGUAUGAUUUCAUUUCCAUAUUGUUGGAUCCAAAAAAAUUAUUCAUUGCCUAAUUUAAAGAUGUAUACGUAGCUUUUCCAUUGGAGGGUCGGCCCGCUUGUCUCCAUAGAGAUGUAAUUACUUUGCAUGUUCCACAGUAUGGCAUUAAAUCUGUCAUUCUCCAUGGAGACAAGCAAGUGCUGCCACCAGACCAAGUUACAGGUCAGAUCUGUGUAGAGGUGACGCCACUCACAGUUGGAAUGCAUGUUUUUCAAAGCAUAGAGUUAUAAAAACACCUGUAAUAGUUAAUGCCAUACUGUGAAAUCUAGGAAAAGAAAAAAAAACAUCACAUGCGUUUUUUUGGCCUUCUAAAAGAAAAGUUGCAUAGUACACCUUUACAUUUCAAGUGAAGUCAAUUUUCAAGUUCUAUAUGAUAUUUUGGAUCACUCCUAAGAUCUUUAAUCACUCUCAUCAGAUACUAACGUCUAAAAUGCAUGUCUGUUGGCUAUAUUUUAAACAGAGGACAUUUUAAAGACCAUUUGACAAGCAGGGUUGAGACUAGGAAACAGAAAAAGACCAGUGAACAGAGGCUAUUAGAAGGCUGUGGGUGCUAUUGAUCCACUCAGGAUGUCCCAAUAGAGGAUGGCUCUAAAUGUAAAAUGUGCUGAUGCUUCACUGAUGGGUGUGGCCUCUUCUCCAUCUGACUGAGAGAAAGAAAAUCAUGAAUCUAAAAAAUAUAUUAUGAUAUUAAUGCUAUGUGCUAAGGAGAAUACGGUGCUCAAAAAGGUGGAAUUAGUUAAACCUUACUGUAUAUUGUGUAAUUUAUUUUUGUUUUGAUAUUUUUAACAGUUGUACAGCAGUAACCCAUUGAUUUGUUGAUGGCAUGCAGAAUAUGCCCAAACCUACACAUGCUGUUAUAGUGUGUAGACUCUGCACCUUUAUUUUAAUAAAAGCCCAAUAACUCCAA